UAAAAACGCUUAUGUGUUGUCGACUCUCUCUCUUCUCUGUCUUAAAAUUUUCAGAGAGAGAGAUCGUCUUUGGUUGCAGUCCGGAGCCUUCUCCAAUUAUCAGAUCCCGUUCAGCGGGCUUUUCUUCCAGCGUACACCGUUUCUUUUGCGGUGUUUGGUUGGCUUUUGUCCGAUAUCGUUUUGGCUUUCAUAGCUACGAUGAUCGGCUUUGCCGUCGGCGUUUCUUGCCGCUUUGCUCUCGGCUGUUCAUGGCCGAAGUGGGUUUUAGUUUAACAGUCCGGUUUUCUGGCUUUAAUCACGGGCUUUCAUUGGCCGUGUUUUUCAACUUCUGUUUUAAUUUUAUGGUUUUUGUUCAAUAAAUUCCUUAGAUAUGGGUUGGAAUUGAUGUUUUAAGUGAUCGUUUGCUUAAAAUUAUUGGUCUCUGCCUCUGUCUUUGUGAUCUGGUUUGCAGGAAAAAUUUGCAAAGAUAUCAUCUCUGAUUGAAGAAAAAAAAGAAUCCUCCGAUGCUUAUUACGAUUUCCUUUUAGCUGUUCAUCUAUAAUGGAGUUUCGAUUAAUAGAUCUGGUGAAUACCAAUGGAAUCAACGUUCAAUUUUUGGCAAUGAUUUCUCACCGGAAUCGAUUCUCAACGGCGAAAGCUGAUGUCGGUUUUCUUUCGAUGACUCAUCCGGCGCGUUUGUGGUUUCAUCCACUUGAUAACACGUGGCUAGGAUAGAAUCCAAUGUCAAAAUAUCUUCUGUUUAGAUGUUAUCAAGUUUUAUUGGGCUUCAACUUUAUCUGUAAAACCAAUGGGGCUUUUGUUAUAGCCCAUGUAAUAUUGCCUUGUAUAAUAAAAUUACAUUUGGGAAAAAAAGAAACAACUAGAGAGAAUUGCACACUGAAGAAGCUCAUUUGGCGCCAAACGGAGCUCAGAUUCCGAAGAAGCUCAAGGUCCAGAUCGGAGAUUAUCAGGACAAUUCUCAUGGCGGCUCAAAAUUUUCACUGUGUUCGGUUUAACCCCUCUGAUGAAGAGAUUUUCCAAACCUUUUUAAUCCCCAAGUUGGCUCUUCCUGAAGAUGCUCCGUUGCCCAAUUCGUUGAUUGAGCCCUUCGACUUCUAUCACUUUGAUCCUAUCACAGCUGAAAAACCAGGGAGCGAAUUCUUUCCUGAGGGAAAUUUUUGGUAUUUUGUGACAAGGACCAGACUCAAUGCACGUUCAGUGAGGCCCAACAGAAGCAUUCGAACUAAUCCCUUCCUUGGAAAGUGGAGGAAGUAUGGUGUUACUGAGAAGAUCACUCAAGGAGAGGUGUUCCUUGGUAAAAAACACACAUAUGAUUAUCUCAACCAACAAAAUUUGAAGACAGGAUGGAGAAUGAGCGAGUAUGAAAGGCCAGGGAAUGCAUUUCAACAGCUAGUGGUGGUGCAUCUGUUUUACAAAACCACUUUGGACCAGACUCUUCUUGAUGAUCAGCAACAUGUGCAACAGGGGAAUGAGGUUCAUGCUCAUGGAAACGUGGUGGGAAUUGAUGAUGUUGUUGAUGAUGUUGUUGAUGAUGUUGUUGAUCAGGAUCAGAUUCAUGGAGAGCAAAUUGUCAAUAACCAGCAACAGGAGAAUGAGGUUCAUGCUCAUGGAAACGUGGUGGGAGUUGAUCAUGUUGUUGAUCAGGAUCAGAUUCAUGGAGACGUUGUGGAGCAAAUUGUCAAUAACCAGCAAGAGGAGAAUGAGGUUCAUGCUCAUGGAAACGUGGUGGGAGUUGAUCAUGUUGUUGAUCAGGAUCAGAUUCAUGGAGAGCAAAUUGUCAAUAACCAGCAACAGGGGAAUGAGGUUCAUGCUCAUGGAAACGUGGUGGGAAUUGAUGAUCUUAUUGAUCAGGAGGUGGAGCACCAUCAGAUUCAUGGAGAGCAAAUUGUCAAUAACCAGAAUCAGGCUCAUGGAAUCGUGGAUGACUGGUAUUACAUUUUCGGCAAUCUUGGGGAUAUUUGAACCAAGUUGAGUUUUUAAAGUGUUUUGAACUUGAAGACUUUUAGCUACUAUUGCUUGGAUUUAGUUUGUAUUUCAGACUAGUCUCGUCCUAUCUUUAGUAUAUUGGCUCUGUUUUCUUGUUGGUGUUAACCCAUUUCAAUUUUAGAUGCUCUCACUACACAAAAAUAUAUUUCAAAAACUCUUUUGUUAUUUGUAAAACUUUUCAGAACAGCCAAAUGUUAUCAUCUAACAACCGGUCAUAUUUCUUUA